AUGUGGUGCUUCUUAUAUCAACAUUUCGAAACCUCCCCAGUCUCAAUUGAAGCUGCGUUGUACAAAGUCGCCGAAGAAUGUUGGUUGAAUCCCGACUCCACCAAAGUCCGCAGUGGUGAACUCCGAGACUCAACUCCUUCUCUUUCAGUGCUUAUCGACAACAGACGUACCACGACCAAGACUAUGACCACCACGGUCAAGGGGGCGAGAAUUGCUCUCAAGCCCAAGUCUGUCAUGAAGAAGACUUCUAGCAUUUUUAUCAUCACGGUAACGGAAUAUGGGCCGCUGGUCACGGAGACUGAGACGGAGACUUUGACUGCGUUGAGGGCUAACCUUACUCCGAGGACGCAGACUCAGACAAUCCCCGAGACCGUGACUGUUGAAUCCAUCCUUCCAGCUGAUCCCUUCUACGCUGCCUGUUCCUCCAACAAUCUCGCCAGCACGGCCAACGGCCAACGGUGUUAG